ACAUAUGUGUGUAUGUGUGUAUAUUUGUGAGUGAGAGAGUGAGUAAAGCUUUGUGUGUGUUUUCUUUCUGCCAUAUAUAGGGGCAAACUUGCUUCAAGACUUGUUUUAUAGUCAGUGAUCUCUCUGCAAACCUCUAUUUCUUUCUAUCUUUCCUAUACAUGAAGUCGUUGAGAGCCUCAGGACUAUAAGGAGCUCUGCAUUCUUGGCCUACAUCAACUAUAGUUGGAGGGAAUUACAGAGGCUUUGAUUGAUAUAUUUUCUGUUAUUUACUUUUUAAAGCUCUUUAAAGUUGCUGGCAAACAUGGAAGGAAUGAAUGACGUUCAUGAUGAUGGCUCCUUCAUGUUCACUUCAGAGUCGGUGGGAGAAGGGCAUCCAGAUAAAAUUUGUGACCAAAUCAGUGACGCAGUCCUUGAUGCACACUUGAAGCAGGAUCCGGAUGCUAAGGUGGGCUGUGAGACAGUUUGUAAGACUGGCAUGGUACUCCUGUGUGGUGAGAUCACAUCUCGGGCCAAUGUGGACUACCAAAGGGUUGUCCGUGAUACGAUUAAACAUAUUGGUUACGACAACUCUGAAAAAGGUUUUGAUUAUAAAACCUGCAAUGUGCUGGUGGCUCUGGAGCAGCAGUCUCCUGAUAUAGCACAGGGCGUCCAUAUUGACAGACAUGAGGAAGAUAUUGGAGCAGGAGACCAGGGACUCAUGUUUGGUUAUGCCACAGAUGAGACAGAAGAGUGUAUGCCGCUCACUAUCGUCCUCGCUCACAAACUCAAUGCCAAAAUGGCUGAGCUGCGGCGGGACGGGACUAUUCCGUGGCUCCGUCCAGACUCAAAAACCCAGGUCACUGUGCACUACAAGCAGUUGAAUGGAGCUGUGAUUCCUUUGCGUGUUCACACAGUGGUCAUCUCUGUCCAACAUGACGACUACAUUUCACUGGAAGAACAGAAACACAUUUUGAAGGAGAAGGUCAUCAAGGCAGUGGUGCCUGCAAAAUAUAUUGAUGAUAAAACCGUCUAUCACCUGCAGCCAAGUGGCCGCUUUGUCAUUGGAGGGCCUCAGGGAGAUGCUGGUGUUACAGGAAGAAAGAUCAUUGUGGACACAUAUGGUGGAUGGGGAGCUCAUGGUGGUGGAGCUUUCUCUGGAAAGGACUACACCAAGGUGGACCGCUCUGCUGCUUAUGCUGCACGAUGGGUGGCUAAGUCUCUAGUGAAGGCCAAACUGUGCAGAAGAGUUCUGGUGCAGGUGUCUUACGCAAUUGGAGUCGCCCACCCACUGUCAAUCUCCCUCUUCACCUAUGGUUCAUCGGAAAAAACAGAGAAGGAAUUGCUACAGAUUGUCAACAAGAACUUUGACCUCCGACCAGGCGUCAUUGUUAGGGACCUAAACCUGAAGAGGCCAAUCUAUCAGAGCACCGCCUGCUACGGCCAUUUUGGCCGAUCAGAGUUUCCUUGGGAGGUGGCUAAGAAUCUCAAGGUUUAAAAUGGUAUGCUCAUCUGACUUCAUCAUUCAGCUGUUGCAACUGAAGAGAAUAUGUUCUCACGCCCUUUAUCUCUUUCCUUCAAUGCUCUUCUCCCCAUACACUUCAUUGCAGAUUGGAGCAGGAUACUGUAAAUGUCAUGAUUAAAAAAUUAAGUCCAGCUUUAUAUUGAAAAGUCUGUCAUGAAUGGACCCCCCACAAUAAUGAGCACAAUAGUUCCAUGUUGAUAACCAUCAUCACACGAGAAAGACUGCUGUUGUACUGAAUAUACAGUUGAAGUCAGAAGUUUUCAUACACCUUAGUCAAAUACAUUUAAACUCAGUUUUCACAAUUCCUGACAUUUAAUUUUAGAAAACAUUCCCUGUCUUAGGUCAGUUAGGAUCACUACUAAGAAUGUGAAAUGACAGAAUAAUGCAAGAGAGAAUUAUUUAUUUCAGCUUUUAUUUCUUUCAUCACAUUCCCAUAACCAUUUUGUUGCCUUUCCAUUUUUUAACUUGGGUCAAAUGCUUUGGGAAGCCUUCCACAACCUUCUCACAAAAAGUUGCUGGAAUUUUGGUCCAUUCCUCCAGACAGAACUGGUGUAACUGAGUCAGGUUUGUAGGCAUCCUUGCUUGCACAUGCUUUUUCUAUUCUGCCCACAAAAUCAAAAUCAAAAGUAAUAGUCAGUAUCUGGUGUGGCCACCAGCUGCAUUAAGUACUCAGUGCAACUUCUCCUCAUGGACUGCACCAGAUUUGCCAGUUCCUGCUGUAAGAUUUUACCCCACUCUUCCACCAAGGCACUUGCAAGUUCCCGGACAUUUCUGAGGGCAAUUGCACUGGCCCUCACCCUCCGAUCUAACAGGUCCCAGAUGUGCUCAAAGGGAUCUGAGAUUCGGGAUCUUCGCUUGCCAUGGCAGAACACUGACAUACCUGUCUUGCAGGAAUUCAUGGACAGAUGAACAGUAUGGCUGGUGGCACUGUCAUGCUGAAGGGUCAUGUCAGGAUGAGCCUGCAGGAAGGGUACCACAUGAGGGAGGAGGGUAUCUUCCCUGUAAUGCAAAGCAUUGAGAUUGUCUGCAAUGACAACAAGCUCAGUCUGAUGAUGCGGUUACACACCGGCGGACCCUCCAUCUACAAAUCGAUCCCGCUCCAGAGUACAGGACAUGGUGUAAUGCUCAUUCCUUCGACGAUAAAUGCAAGUCCAACCAUCAUCCCUGGUGAGACAAAACCAUGACUCGUCACUGAAGAGCACUUUUUGCCAGUCCUGUCUGGUGUAGCGAAGGUGGGAUUGUGCCUAGAGGCAACAUUGUUGCCAGUGAUGUCUGGUAAGGACCUGCCUUACAACAGGACUACAAGCCCUCAUUCCAUCCUAUUGCGGACAGUCUGAGCACUGAUGGAGAGAUUGUGCAUUCCUGGUGUAAUUCGGGCAGUUGCUAUCCUGUACCUGUCCUACAGAUGUGAUAUUCGGAUGUACCAAUCCUGUGCAGGUGUUGUUACACGUGGUCUGCCACUGCAAGGUUGAUCAGUUGUCCUUCCUGUCUCCCUGUAGCGCUGUCUUAGGUGUCUCACAGUACGGACAUUGCAAUUUAUUGCCCCUGGCCACCUCUGCAGUCCUCAUGCCUCCAUGCAGCAUGCCUAAGGUACAUUCACACGGAUGAGCAGGGACCCUGGGCAUCUUUCUUUUGGUGUUUUACAGAGUCAGUAGAAAGGUCUCUUUGUGUCCUACGUUUUUAUAACUGUGACAUUAAUUGCCUACUGUCUGUAAGCUGUUAGUUUCUUAACAACCGUUCCACAGGUGCAUGGUCAUUCAUUGUUUAUGGUUCAUUGAACAAGCAUGGAAAACAUUGUUUAAAUCCUUCACAAUAAAGAUCUGUAUAGUUAUUUGGAUUUUUACUAAAUUAUCUUUAAAAUAUAGUGUCCUGAAAAAGGGACGUUCCUUUUUUGCUGAGUUUAUUUUGUGAAGUGCACCAGCCACCCCCAUGCUUCACAGUUGGGAUGGUGUUCUUCAGCUUGCAAGCCUCACCCUUUUUCCCCCAAACUUAAUGAACAUUAUGGCCAGUUCUAUUUUUGUUUCAUCAAACCAGAUGUUUGUAAGAUGUCCCCAUGUGCACUUGCAAACUGUAGUCUGCUUUUUUAUGGUGGUUUUGUAGCAGUGGCUUCUUCCUUGCUGAGCAGCCUUUCAGGUUAUGUCAAUAUAGGACUAAUGUUACUGUAGAUAUAGAUACUUGUCUACCUGUUUCCUCCAGCAUUUUCACAAGGUCCUUUGCUGUUGUUCUGGGAUUGAUUUGCACUUUUUGCACCAAACUACAUACAUCUUUAGGAGACAGAAUUUUCCAAGCUGCUUAUAGGCACAGCUAGCUUAGCGCAUGUAUACUUCUGACCGACUGGAAUUGUGAUAUAGUCAAUUAAAAGUGAAACAAUCUGUCUGUAAACAAUUAUUGGAAAAAUUACUCAUCCUGCAGUACAUGUCCUAAACGACUUACCAAAACUAUAGUUUGCUAAUAUGAAAUCUGUGGAGUGGUUAAAAAAAAAAGUAGUUUUAAUGACUUCAACCUAAGUGUAUGUAAACUACUGACUUCAACUGUGUAUCUAUCCAUCAAUCUAUCCGUCUAUAAAUCACAGCCAUGCUGAUAUUCAGCACAAUAAAAUCAUUGUGCGUGUGAUAUUGCUUUUAUACAGCAGUUCUAUAAACAAAAAGGUACUAUCAAGUAAUUUACAUUUCAGACAUAGCAUGGCCAGUUAUUUUGUCUAAUUUGGUUCCUCCAAUGAAAAUAUUUUCAAACAAAGCCAAAGCAGGAUCAACUAUUGCCUGUAACGUGUCUACAAACAGUGCUGAUAUACUAAAUAACAACACUCUUGUAAUGACACUUGUCCAAUCAGAUUUGAGGAAUGUUGCUAAUUGUUGUCAUAUUCAUCACAUCAUAUAUUAAGUCUUAAAAAAGGUCUAAUUUGUGUGCCUUUUUUUCUUGCAUCAGAAGUAAAUUAGCUUUAGAGCCAUUUGGAUUUUAAUGAGUAAGCUAUGCCUUCUUGUUUACAUGUACAUAUUGCUGUGCUGAUCUUACAAAGUAUUUUUCACCACUAGAGAGUGAAGAUGUAUUUGUGUGCAAGUGUACUGUAUGGAUGUGUAGUUAAUUUAAGAACAAAAGCAAAGCCAAAUUAUGUUGAGGGGGGUGUGUGCGUGUGUGUAUAAGCCACUUUGCAAUCUUUUUUCUUUUGACUUGUGUGUGUUCUACAGAGGCAUGAACACUUACAAACACUGAAACCCACUAUAUUCUUACCAUUUCCUUUUAGAUGGUCAACUUGUCACAGAAUUUAAGAUCUAAUAUGUAAAUAAUUGUGAAUAAUUAAAGUGUGGAAAAUUCUUCAUAUUUGUGUGGUUUCCAUAUAUAUGCAUGGCAUCAGGAAUGACUCUUGAUAUAUUAACCAAACAUUACACUUUUCAAUAGGUCACAUACACUUACUAGAAUACCAUUCUAGUAAGUCAAACAAGAACACCAAAAUUGAUUGUGCUUUUAGUUGCGUUAUAACUCUAAAGCAAAAGACAUGGUGACCAUUCACAGGAACGACUUGAAUUUAACAGGUGAUGCAACAGGCUUUAAAGCAAUAAUUCACCCCAAAAUGAAAAUUCAGUUACAAUUUAUUCACCCUCAUGUAAUUCCAAACAUUAUGUUUUAUGUCCAAGCUGCUUUUCCAUACAAUGCCACUAGACUAGCUAUCAUUUACUUAAGGGCUGUAGUUUUCAAUCUUAAAACAGUUUGUUUGUAAUUGGAUUCAUUAUUAGUUCCCCCCAUGCAAAUUAUUUUGAUGACAUUUGCCUUUGUAACAUUCUGCUAGAUUGUAUGUUUGUUGUAAACAAAUGCGUUUUCAAGGUUUCAAUCGACAUGAGGCGAGAUAAUGAUAGGUUAUAUUUUUUAAUGGACUAUUCCCUUAAGCAAAGUUCAUCGCUCAUCAGCAGAUAUGAAAGAAAAUGAAAAGUUCAUGAGAGUAAUGUCUGAUGCUGCUUUAUUUCCAUAAAUUGUAUUUAAGCAAAUAUACAGAACAUAUACUGCCAAAUAAACAAAACAUUUCUCCAAUGACUGAUUAAAUCUUUGGUUUAAUUGAAACAAAGGCACAUGAAGGUACUUUUUGCUCUCUGGUAUGUCAUUAAAUGCUGACAUUUGGCAGAGCCUUGUUUUGAAGUAGUAAGUUCUACAACUAUUUGUACAUGCCAUAGGUUUGAUUUAGUUAUUUCUCUAUUUGAAGUAUGAACAAACUGUCAGAGUCCAGGUUUUGGCAACAGUUCUGAUGGAGGUUAAGUAAACUGGUAGAUUAAAAAGAGGAGCACAAAUCUAGGCAAAGGGGAAUGCAGCAAUUUGACUCUUUGAGCUGUAUUUUCAGCAAUAUCCAAGAAAACGUUUCCGAGGUAAGCAAGAUGAUGCGAUGACAAAUUAUAAGGUUUAACACAGAUUUGAGCCAAAAGUUAUACAACUGAAGCAAAAAAUUGAACAUCAAGAAAAUUCUUGCUGGUCUGCAUGAUGGUUUGCUAGUCUUAGCUGGUUUAGAUGGGCUGCCAGCUGGUCUUCCAACCUGACCACCUGAACGUUUCUAAAAAAAAUCUAAAACCAGCUGGGUGACAUGCUAAAUAUCUUAGGCUGGUUUAAGCAGGUCCGAAGCAGCUGAAGGCAGUGUAAAACGUUGUAUCAACUCCGGUUGAUCAAAUAAGACAUAAUUUAAAAUGUUGUGGAACAGCAAGAAAAAGACUUAUCUGAAAUUUCUGAGGGCAGAGAAUUAGAUACAACUUGUAAACGAACAUGACAUGGAAUAUUUUUUCAGGACAGCGCUGAUAGCAUUAGCUGGUGAUAAACGGAAAUGCAAUACAAACAUGGUUCUCACCCUGACUGAUUAAAUGAUGCAAACUCCCUUUCUAAUGAGGAACAAUAUAAAUGUAUGUGUCAGACUGGUAAUGUGAACACAUUUAACCAAUGUAUAACAAUAAUAUUUUCAAUAAUUAAUUAUGACCUUGCAGUCCAGCUGCAUUUAUUAUUAUUUUGUUUUUUCAAACUGUGAGCACAUUUCAAACUAUUUACUAGGGCCAGGGACAAUCUAUUCUUUACCUUAAAGGGACACUUUUGAGAAAACUCUUUUAAAGUACAAGAUGCUUCCUUGUAACCAACUCUCUCACUUCAACAACACAUGACAUCGAGUGGGAAGCCUACUCACAUUUACCUCAGGACAAAAUAGCCAAAUUACAUUUGGUCACAAUGCAAACAACAGUCAGAACUUCUCAUAUUCAUUCUGGAAUGGCAACCAUUACUGCAGACUUGUGAUAAGCUUAUGCGCCUGUUUUGCGUGAGGUUUCUGCUGAUUUCAUUCAGCUUAGAAUCAGCAU